AUGGGUGACCGUUACAAUAUACAUACCCAGCUCGAGCAUCUGCAGUCCAAGUACGUGGGUAGGUGUCCUUUUUUCUGUUUUAUUAUUUCGUAGGCACCGGCCAUGCGGAUACUGUGAAAUGGGAGUGGCUUACGAAUCAACACCGAGACAGUUGCGCAUCAUACCUCGGUCACUUCGACGUGCUUAACUAUCUGGCUCUCUGUGAAAGCGAAUCGAAGGCCAGGAUAAGAUUCAAUCUGAUGGAGCGCAUGCUUCAGCCUUGUGGACCCCCUCCAGAACGGCCCGAUUCAUGA